UGUGCCCGUGGCGGCAAGGUGGUGGCGGGUACGGCCCUGUGGGAGCCCGAGACGAUCGGCAAAGGAUUGUAUUCCGUACAAAUUCCCCAAGUUCGUCCCAAGGGCUAGCUGCCUGAUUUCUGCCUGCUUAGCUUCAAAAUGUGAUGUCAGAGGAUGAUAUCCAAGCGGGCAGGAUUGCCAGACAUCUAGAUGCAAAUCAGAACACAAAACCCCAAGAUUUGAAUUUCUUUUUUGGCGGGAAUACUAUCAACGUCCAUACAUCAUCUACAAGAUCACGGUCAAGAUGUCACGGUGCUCGUUCGUCUUCAUCACGGCCAAAAAUGCCAACAUCAAACUUGUCAACCGCUUCCUCCUCACCAUCCGGGACUGGGAGUACGGCGAAGAUGACACCUGGGACUGCUUCUCCCUCGUCACCUCGAAGACGGAACCCCUGCCCCUAGACGCAGAAUCCACAAAGCCGCCAUUGCAAGAGUUAUCCCCGACCAACGAAUGGGAAGGCUGCUCCCUUCAGGAAAUCGAAGCCGCGAUCCUUGCUAGGGGCAAAGAAGAGGACUCGGCGUACGGCAAGCAGCAGGGUCCCAACAACCUGAGCCUCUUCCUCGUGCUCGACGACAAAGGCGUCGAGGAUGGGACCGUGAUCUUGUGCCAGCGGGCCAUUGACUGGGAUGCGGAGCCGCUGACGUAUCCGGAGGGGUUCAACAAGUUCCGGACGCCGUGGACGAUGGCCUACCUGGAUUGGUGCAACCUCGACAUUUCGAAUGUCGGGUGGUCCGAGAUGUGUGAUUGGGAUGGCGCCGACGAGGGCAAGAACGAAAAGGAUGGGGUGUGGUGGACGUACGGGAAUCACGUUGAGGAGCUCACCUCUGAGGAGAAUAGGAAGAAGCGGGAUGCUGUGAUUAAGGAGUUGGAGGGUCUUGGGCAGGCGUGAUGAGCUGGAAUAGGGGGAAAGAUGUGUCGUCCAUCGUGCGUUUCUUUUCCUUGUGUUUGUGUAAGCCUACAGUGGCAUCGAAGCAUACGAAUGUUUAAGAAGGCAGUUUGUCUGAAGUUUACUCUAUCCUGAAAACCAAGCCAUUCCAGGCACCUGAGGAAUGAACGAAUCAGAAGUGGGCAAUGGUGAUAUAGACCGCCGCCGCCGGAGCCCGAGGGAGGCUUCGGCAGAGUCCACGUAGGCUCAUGUCGCCCCAUAUCUCUCUGCCACUCCACGACGCGUGUAUGGUGUCCAUCGUAUUCGCAGAAGACGAGUUGCGAUCAACGGGGAAAAGACAGCUGCCUAGACAGCUCAGGCGUGUAUAUAGCGCAUCAAAGGCGGAGAUAGAGGUGGAGGUGUCGAAUCAAUUGC